CUUCCGUGAUGUGGAUAAUAUAAAUCCAUUUCUCUUCCAUAAUUAAUUAAAUGAACAAUGUUAGUCAAUUUGUUCUUCCUCGUCACAAUAAUUUCUUAUACAGCUGUGUAUGCAGUUGCGAGCAACCCUACAACAACUGAGAUGAAUAGCAAUGUCAGUGCAUCGAAUAAAUCAUCAAGUCUACUGAAUUGGAGAAAUACAAUCUCACGAUGUGUUCGAUUGUAUAUGGAACCAAAUCAACUUGGUGAUUGGUUUGAUAUAUGUGAUAGUAAUGAGCUGCUCUCAUCAACAUUUGUUUGGAGGACAAGAUCGAUUUGUACACCUGGAAAUACGAAUUCAUUCAAAAAAACAUAUUGGUUAAUAUAUGAACGAUCUCAUUUUGCAGGACCUUACAUACUACUCGGUCACAGUAAAUGUAUUGACGAUAUAAACCAGUAUAAACUUUUGGCAACUAUGUCAAUACUCAUCUGUGUAGAGAAACUACAAACAAAAUGGGAUGUUUUCGUUUCUUGUCAAUAUCCAAAACGACCAUGGAGGGAAUUUUUCCCAGUAAACUGGCAUUCAGAUUAUAAAGUCAUAUCUAAAUCUGGAACGGAAUCAGCUGAUGAAGCCGAAGCUUCCUCACUGGAAGAAAUAGAAAGUUUGAUAGAUCUUCAGGAAAACUGUGUCAACAAUAAAUAAUUACAAUUACAAUCUCUUUUCACUUUAAUUCCAUUCGUCAAAUAUUGAGGUGAUCGCGGAUAUCAGUGUACUGUGAGAGAGGUCAAAAUGAU